CGCCUUUGGGUCUUUCCAUGGCGCCGUCGCUGCGGACAUACCGGCUUCGGGAGGUCGGGGUGAGGGACAACAUGUACUACAAGUUCAGCGGCUUCACGCAGAAGCUGGCUGGGUCCUGGGCUUCGGCCGCCUACAGCCCUCAGGGCUUAAAACCUGUGGCAUCCUCAGAAGCACCACCUAUUAUAUUUGCCACUCCAACGAAAUUUGCCUCAGAAGCAGAUACAUAUGAUUAUGCUGGGAAAAACAAAGUUCCAGAGCUGCAGAAAUUUUUUCAGAAAGCUGAUGGCAUACCUGUCCACUUGAAACAAGGUCUACCUGACCAAAUGCUCUAUCGGACCACCAUGGCUUUGACACUGGGAGGGACCAUCUACUGCCUGAUAGCUCUCUACAUGGCUUCACAACCCAAAAAUAAAUGAAUAGGAGUACAUAAGACUGAUUGAUGUAUUAACAAGAGUUUGGGUAUAAAACCUUUUGAGUUUUCUAUUUUCCUAUUUGCCAGUGAAUUUUCUACCCGUGUAAGUUUAUAUUUUUCAGAUAGAAUUAGAAAGUUUAUCAAUAAGGGAAUAUAUUGUUUGGUUUGUUUCUGAAAAAUAAGUGGAUUAUCAGAACAUGUUGAAGCAUCAGCUAUUAAUAAGGUGAUGAAGCCUUUUUAAUUUAAUGAAGUCGUCCCUUUUUUCUCCAAAGGUUUGCAGGCCAGCUCGUUAAUACCACAUUGUGAUGGGGCCACCAGGGAUUGCUGUUUGUGCCUGUCAGGCCACUUAAAGUGGGGGGAAGCUUUUCUGUAACCUGAUGUGUGCUGGCUAAGGGAGGAAGGGAUUCACUGAAGCCAGCAUCAGUGACAGGAAGUCCUUUAACUUUCUCAUGCCAAAAAUCUGUUCUUUCUGACACCACAAAUUUCACUGGGAAUUUAAUUAGCUGUUAAUUUGGUGGAUUUUUCCAUCUUGCAUCAUGGUGUUAAUAGAAAUUAUUUUCUGUUAACUCUCCAUAUUCCGAUAACUUUAUCAUAUUGUUUCAAAAGGGUUAUUUAUAUGCCUGAUCUCUGACCUCUUUAAAUAUUUCAGAGAUGAAGAUUAUUUAUUCCACCAUGGGAACACUUAAUAAAAGUUUUGCACUUUGGACUGAACUGUUGUGAAGUACAUUGCUACCAGCACUUCUCCUUUACUCUUGUUAAAUACUAUAGCUUUGAAGUAUAAUUUAUUUUUGCUUGUGGAAUAAAUACAUGAAUGAGA